AUGAUCUACCUGCGGUGCCAUGCCGCCAUUGUUAUGCUCUUCCUCCUCUUCCUCUUUGGAUGCAGCCAUGGCAAUAACAACACCACAUGGUCUCAGAGCAAAAAGUCAAGAAAGGCAAACCUAGCAACACAGUUCCUGACACGACACAAUGCCGCUCGUGCCGCCUUGCACUUGCCGCGGAUGGUUUGGGAUAAAGAAGUGGCGAAGUAUGCCCAGUGGUAUGCAAACCAGAGGCGAUGGGACUGUGCAUUGAAGCAUUCAAAUGGGCCUUAUGGAGAGAACAUAUUUUGGGGUAGUGGGUAUGAAUGGACAGCUGCUCAGGCUGUGGGGGCUUGGCUUUCAGAGAAGAAAUGGUAUAACUAUCAUAGUAACUCUUGUAGUGAAGGAGAAGAGUGUGGACAUUAUACCCAGAUCGUGUGGCGUAGUAGCAGGAAACUUGGCUGUGCUAAGGUGACUUGUUUCCAUGGAAGAGGUGUUUUUAUAACCUGUAACUAUGAUCCUCCUGGGAAUUAUAUUGGUGAUCGCCCUUAUUGAUGCAACAACUACUCAUUUAAGCCAACUAGCGGGUCCAGCCUACUAGAUCAGAGUUGGCAACAUUUAUGAGAUUAUAACCUCUCUCUCUCUCUCUCUCUCUCUCUCUUCUUUUGGGAAUGGGUUUUUGUUUCUUUUCUACACUGUAAACUCGGAAAUCUCACAGAUUUUGAAGGGGGUUCUGUCCCUCUUCUACAGAAGAACUUUGUACCUUUGAAGCAUACAUAAAUAUGAAAAUAAAAACCAUAUUUUUUUUUUU